GGGGAUCAACUAAAAGCUUUUGCAAACAGAUUGAAUCCCAUUCAAAAUCAAAUCCCAUGUCCCUGCGGAGACUGGCGCUGCUCGCUGCUCUCCUUUUCUUUUUUCCCCUUCCUUUCUUUCUUCUCUUCCUCUGUCCUCGGGGUCGUUCGCUGACCGCUGACCAAAGGUGCGCGCUCAUUGUCCUGCAGCGCUUCCCUCGGAUGAACUGGCCCGGCGAGUUGUCCCUGGGCUGGGUCUCUCCUCCGAGCGCCACAUCGACCAGACCGCUGCUGCUGCUGCUGCUGCUGCUGCGCGCACACCGCGUCUUUGGACACAGCGACGCACAGGCGGCUCCCCUCCGGUGCAGACGCGCGAGAAGCGGCCGGGCACCAGCCAUGAGGUCCCCGCUCUGCGCCGCCGCCGCCGCCCGCCUCGUGCUCCUCUCCUCCGCCGGGUUCAUCGCGUGCGGAGCCUCGGCGCCGUGUGCGAGCGGACAGUUCCUGCUGAAGAGCCGGUGCGUCCCCUGUCACCCCGCCUGCUCGGAGUGCCACGGACACGAGCUGUUCCAGUGCACCACCUGUGGAGUUGAUGAAGAUGGACAGGAACGUUUCCUCCACCAAGGUCGCUGUCGGACACAUUGCCCCCGGCGAGCCUAUCCUGACAGGGGUCACUAUGCCUGCCUGCCCUGCAUAGCCAAUUGUGAACUCUGCACAGAUGGCAACAUAUGUGCCAAAUGUCUGGAACACUACAAACUCCAGAACGGGGUUUGCCAAAUGGCGUCCUGUCACAUAGGGCAGGUGCAGGACCCUGAUACAGGAGAGUGCAUUGACUGUGAGAUGGGCUGCAAAGCAUGUUCCACAGGAGACCCUGAGAUGUGCAACAGCUGCGUUGAAGGUUACGUCCUUUUCAGACACCAGUGUCGCAGGCACUGCCCCCGGAGCACCUACGAGGACUGGGGCAGAGGUUUGUGUCUGUCCUGCCCGGCACCGUGCACAGAUUGCAGGAGUGACACACGCUGCCUUGUCUGCCAGCCUGGUUACUUCCUCCAUGGUGGUGAGUGCACUAAACAGUGUCCGCAGCAAACCUUCAGUGAUUCCACUGGGUGGCGCUGUCAGCCUUGCCACAGCUCAUGCCAGACAUGCUAUGGACCUCAGUCAGCAGACUGUGAGCUUUGCCUCGGUGGGAACCCUUCUCUACAUGGGCAGUGCCCUCUGGUGAACUGCCCAGUGGGACAGUACUUUGAAGGUAUGUUAAGUAAAUAUAGUGAAUGUCACACAUGUGAUGCAGGAUGUAAGACCUGCUUUGGCCCUCAAGCACAGGAUUGCUCUUCAUGUUUCAAAGGAUAUUUCCUGGACCAGGACAGUUCUUGUGUAGUGCAGUGUCCAUCUGGCUCCUACGCAAACUCUGCGACUCAGCUGUGUGAGGACUGCACACCAAACUGUGAGGCCUGCGUGGGCACCAGUGAUAACUGCAUCGGCUGUGCCAAAGGCAGCAAUAAACAAUUUCUCCACCAGGGGCGAUGCUGGUUGAAUUGCCCAGAAGGUUUCUUUGAGACAGCGGAGGGUUCAUGUGAAGCCUGUGACAGCUCUUGUCUGACAUGCGAUGGAAUCAAGUCCCAGUGUCUGUCUUGUGACGAUGGCUACUACUUAGGCAGUGGUAUGUGCAGACUCAACUGUUCACUGCAAACAUAUCCAGCAGACGAUGGUAUUUGCAGACGCUGUCCUCCCCACUGUGACGUUUGCUCGGAUGACAGGACCUGUUUCAAAUGCAGUUUCCUCUACUUGAUGCUGAAUGGCGUGUGUAAAGCCAGUUGUCCCGUGGGUUAUUACGAGGACAUGGAGGAGGGCCGCUGUGGUCAGUGCCACCCUACCUGUGGCAGCUGUUCAGGGCCCUUGGCAGACGACUGUGAGACCUGCUCGCCAUUCAGCCCUAAACUCUACAAGGGUGCCUGCUCCAAGGAGUGCCUCGCUGGCACAUAUUAUGAAACUGAAGCUAUGGAAUGUCAAGAGUGUCAUCAGACUUGCAUGAGCUGUUCCGGCCCAGACGCAAACCAGUGCACCCAGUGCGAGAAAGGACUGGUGUUGGAUCCAAACACAUUGUUGUGUGGCGUGACGGGUGACACAGACUGCCCACCAGGGACCUACCUACACGAUGACCAGUUCACCUGCAUGGGCUGCCAUGGGCACUGCUACUCCUGUGAAGGGCCAGGCGAUGAUGAAUGCCUGACAUGCGUCGUCCCCAAAUACCUUCACAACAGGACCUGUGUGAGGGAGUGUCCCCCUGGCACAUACAACACAAGGCAGGAUGCUGACGGGAAGGAGCUAGGUUUUUGUUUGUCUUGUGAUCACGUUUGUUUCACUUGCACUGGAGAAUCUGCACGAAGUUGCCUUACAUGUUCUCCAGGAUAUCUGAGGCUUCUUCAACUCUGUGUCACUCAUUGUCCAACGGGAUAUUACAAAGAGGGUUCCCACUGUCAGAAAUGUGACCAGUCCUGUGAGCUGUGCACAGGACCAGGGCCGGAGUCCUGCAGGGCCUGUGCACCUCCUCUUCUGGCGCUGGAAGGCACCAAGCUGUGUGUUGAGCGCUGUCCACACCGCUUCUAUAAACGAAAUGACAUAUGCAAACAGUGUCACACCAGCUGUCAGACCUGCACAGAUGCCUCACCUCAGAGCUGCCUGACGUGCGACUGGGGCAGCACUCUAAAGGACAACAUCUGCUAUCCACGUUGUGAGGAGGGGCGGUACCUUUCAGAUGAGGAAACCUGUGAGCCAUGUGACAGCUCAUGUAGGCACUGUACUGGCCCCGGACCUGACCAGUGUCUGACUUGUCACCGGGAUUCUGCUCUUCAUGCUGUGGAGAGCCGCUGUGCCCACUGCUGUCAGGCUGGAGGGAAUGACACCAACUGCUGUGUUUGUGACAGGCGCUCAGCUCUCUGUGUGGAAGCCCCCAGACCCCAGUCAGGAGACGACCAGGAAUCGGACCUGGAUAUGUCCUCCAGAGCUCUGAAUCAAACCUCGGCUGCCUUGCCCAUUUCUCUGUUGCUGGCGCUGGGGUUGGCUCUGGCUGUUUUUGCCUUGGUCAAAGCUCAUGCCCGCAAAAGGUGUUGCUGGGGCCAAAGCUAUGAAAGACUGAGUGGCAGUGCCAGUAUCAAUAUGCCCCAUGGUGUGCCUGAGCCGGACAGCGGCGAUGAGGUGGAUGUGGUGUACACCAGUAGAGGUGGAUCGAUCUAUCGACGCUACAGCUUCAUCCAUGAGCAGGACACUGAUGCAGACCAGGAUGUAGAUGAGAGCACUUAUCUCAACCAGUCUUAAAUAUGUCCAAACUAGAACUUGCAGUACGUGAGGAAUGUGGCAGGUGAAUUCAGUUUAGUUAAGUUUAGUUCAGAAGAUGUGGAGGUAUGUUUCUUCUUGAGUUCUGGUGUUUAUUUCAUUCAACAAAGUGCCUGUAUCUUUAUAAUGCACAUUCUUAGUUGAGGCUGGAAAAAAAAAGUUAAUAAAUAUUUGUGUAUGCCGGAUGUAUGUGUGGUACCAGGCACAGAGAAUACCUGCUGCAGAAGUGGGAGGGGCACCCUGCUUAACAGGCCGAAAAGGUUAUGCAUACAAAAUGGGCCCGGCCUUGUACAGGGUGGGUGUUGCUGCACAGAGCAGAGGUUAAAAACAAUUUCCAUCCAAAACUCACAAUAUAGCACUCUCACUGCAGGUGAUCCUUAAAUGCCAAAAUCAACAGUUAAACAACAUAUCCUCAGGAAAAGGAGGGUAACAAACAGUGGCUGGUAUUUUCCUUUUGAGAAAACAAAUAAAACAAAUUAGUUGCCAGUCUAACCAUUAAUUAUAUUGUUAAUGUUUAAAAAAUUUAACAAACAAACUAUAGGCCUACUUUCCAGGGAUACACUCACUCCCCUAGCACAGUGACACAGCCGGAGGAAGGAUUCCAGUCCAGUGCCACGUCAGUCACGAAACUGAAACAUACAAAUACAUUUUGUGAUAAACAACCCAUUGCAGUCACUGUUCCACCGCUACCAGGUGCGCUCUGCGACAGACGAAGGGUAUUUGUAUUGAGCCAGGCAAACUUUUAGCGUGUCAUGAUCACUGGCUGCUUAUCGCAUGAUUGGGUCAAGUGACCACACACAUACACACAGACUCCCACAUAUGUAAGUGACUUUUUCUGUUUUUACUCGAUAUUAAAGAGUUAUUUGUGAACAUUGUGAAGCAAUUGUGAAAGUGAAAUCAUGAAAUGAAUCCAUCCUCAUGCCAUCAUUACACCUGUAGAAGUAGCUGAGUCACUGAAUUCCUUGAAACACCCUGAUUAGACACACCUACCACUCAUCACACUGUUUGCCUUAUUGCACAAAGCACAGACGCUGCUCAUCAUUUGAUCUGUCUGUCACUUGCACUGAGGCACCUCUGGGAAGGAAAUGGUUUCUGCAAAGAUGACACGACACCUGUUGAGGAACCUCUGUUUCAUCCUCAUGGGUAUGUUUAUUUCAUUUGCCCUUUGGCAAGCUGGUUCUGAUAGGCGGUCAUUGUCUGAACCUGCGAUACCGCAACAGUUCUUUACUGACCUGCCCGGCUGUUCAGCUAUCAUCAGUGGACGCAUAGAGGCCAAGAUGAGUGAAGUAGAGGGGCUUCUGGCAUCUAGGAAGAAAAAGGACCUUUUAUCUGCAGAGUU